UAAAGAAAAUUGAGGAAGUUAUUGCACAGAGCAACUUGGAGGAUGAAGAAGAAGAGUUUGUCAAUGUCAACAAUAGCGGUUUAAUGCUCUUUAAAGAGUUACACGACAAACUUUAUGACUACCAGAGAGAUGGAGUGGCCUUCCUGUACAGCCUCCACAGAGAUGGUCUUAAAGGGGGCAUCCUGGCAGACGACAUGGGCCUCGGUAAAACCAUCCAGGUGAUCUCUUUCCUCUCUGGCAUGUACGACAACGAGCUGAUCAAAAACGCACUGCUCGUCAUGCCAACUUCACUCAUCACAAACUGGACCAAGGAGUUUGCCAAGUGGACUCCUGGCAUGAGGGUGAAGGAGUUUCAUGGUACCAGCAAAGUAGAGAGGACCAGGAAUUUGGAGAAAGUUCAGAGGAGAGGGGGUGUCAUCAUCAGCACUUACACUAUGCUCAUGAACAACUGGCAGCAGUUAUCAUCAUACCAGGGCAGAGAGUUCACUUGGGACUAUAUGAUCCUGGAUGAGGCACACAAAAUAAAAAACUCAUCCUGCAAAACUACCAAAAGUGCCUGCGCCAUACCGUCAAAGAACCGAGUCCUGCUCACUGGGACUCCGGUCCAGAACAACCUGAGAGAAAUGUGGGCUCUUUUUGAUUUUGCCUGCCAGGGCGCUCUCCUCGGCACGGCUAAAACAUUCAAGUCCGAGUAUGAGAACCCCAUCACCCGAGCCAGGGAGAGGGAUGCCACUCCAGGGGAAAUGGCUCUCGGGGCCAGGAUGUCUGAAAACCUCAUGGGCAUCAUAAAACCCUACUUCCUCCGCAGGACAAAAGCACAAGUGCAGAAAAAAAAACAAAACAGCAAACCUCAGUGCAAUGGGGAAUAUUCAGAAAAGGACAGCCAAGAACCAGAUGGUCAGGAAGACUCUGGAGCAGUCAUGCCCACGCUGACCAGAAAGAACGACCUGAUAGUCUGGACUUACCUGAGUGCGGUUCAGGAAGACAUAUACAGGCAGUUUAUUUCCCUGGACCAAAUCAAAGAGCUGCUCAUGACCAGCAGAUCACCUUUAGCAGAGUUAAAUAUUCUGAAGAAGCUGUGCGACCAUCCGAGACUGCUCUCUGCUAAAGCCAUCGCCAAUUUAGGUUUGGAAGAAAACUCAGCUGACAGUCAGGACAACGACGACAUGCCGACAGACACUAACAGCAUCGCAAACCUUCCUGACGACACUUUAAUAUCUGAGUCUGGGAAACUCGUCUUUCUGAUGGCCCUCCUUGAACAGCUCAGACAAGAGGGCCACCGCACGCUCAUCUUCGCUCAUUACAGGAAGGUUCUGGACAUCCUCGAACGCAUCCUGGGCAACAGAGGCUUCAAAGUGAUGCGGCUGGAUGGCACCAUAACACAGAUUGCAGAGAGAGAAAGACUCAUCACUCUCUUCCAGACAGACGAGAGUUACUCUGUCUUCCUCCUGACCACCCAGGUCGGCGGAGUUGGCAUCACUUUGACAGCAGCAAACCGAGUAGUGAUCUACGAUCCCAGCUGGAACCCGGCUACAGACGCCCAGGCUGUGGACAGGGCGUACCGCAUAGGCCAGACCGAGAACGUUGUCAUCUACAGGCUGAUCACAUGCGGCACGGUGGAGGAGAAGAUCUACAGACGGCAGGUUUUCAAAGACUCCCUGAUCAGACAGAAUACGGGCGAUAAAAAGAACCCGUUUCGGUACUUCAGCAAACAGGAGCUGAAGGAGCUGUUCACCCUGGAGGAAACCCGGUCCUCGUCCACUCAGAUGCAGCUUCAAGCCCUGCACUCCCAACACCGACGGACAGACCCUGACCUGGACGAACACAUUGCCCACCUCCACGCCAUGGAGAUGUUUGGGAUAUCUGAUCAUGACCUCAUGUUUUCCCUUGACGUCAACCAUGACGAACCCCCAGAGGACCAGCAGGAGCAUCACUACAUUGAAGGGCGGGUCCAGAAGGCCCAGGAGCUGAUGAAGGCAGAGUCUGAGUUGCACGUGCAGCUGGCAGAAAGCAUGGCGUUGAACACAGAGCCAGCCUUUCUCAGGGAAACAGACAGCAACAACAGAGAGAGAUCACAUGAGAAGAAACCAAGAAAUCCAAGACCCAGUCCUCCAUUUCCUCAGCACGACCACAACGUCAACCGUUCACCUAUCGUGGUGGACUUGGACGAGUCUGGUUCAGGCAAAGAAGGCGGCCAUCAGAAUCAGAGCCACCAGGUGAUUGAUCUAAGUGCUGAUGAGAGUAGGACUGAGGAAGAAACUGUUGAAGCAGCAAGUGAAGGAAACCUGGAUUCCCCAAAACCUCAGUCCAUCAAGCAGGAUAAGAGCUGCCUGGAAGCAUCAGACAUCUGUCCUCAGGAGGUGAUCGAGGAGUCUGUGGUGAUGUCUGAGGCGGCUGAUGCUACAGCAGGUGAUGCAGCAGAUGUGUCUGUUAAAGAAGUAAUGGAUGCAUCUAUGACGUCUGAGGCUGAUGAUGCUGCAGCAGGUGAUGCAGCAGGUGAGAACAGUCUGCCGUAUGUUGAAUAUGUAUGUAAAGAACACUUAAAUCAAACUUCAGACUUGAAUCAAGACGACUCCAAGAUGGACCUGCAGCUUCCUGGCAUCACGCCCGUCAAGAAUAAAAGGCUUUCUGUCCUGCAGGGAUCCAGUUCCAGCUUCAAAGCAGACACUUCAUCCAGAGUCAGUGCAGGGCUGGAUUCCUUUGGAGGCAACUUUAAUUUGCAGCUGGAGGACAGCGAGGUCCUCUCAGACCAUGAUAACGAGGAUCAUCAGGAGACUGAAGCUGAGGAGGAGAAGCUGCUGUCACAUCUGCAGAUGGAGGACAGCGAGGUCCUCUCAGACCAUGAUAACGAGGAUCAUCAGGAGACCGAAGCUGAGGAGGAGAAGCUGCUGUCACACCUGCAGAUGGAGGGCAGUUUUGACGUUGAUAAAUAUCUUUCAGAGAGACAACAUAGAGAAGCACUCGGACUAAGCCUCAACGUCUCCUGCUCUAAUAAACUGGAUGAAUCAGUAGAUGAUUCCAUUGUGACAACCAAGAGGAAGAAAGCUGCUGUCAUUUAUGACAGUGAUGAAGAGGAGGGUGAUGACGAUGAGGAGGAGGAGGAGGAGGGUAAACUUGAGUGCUCUCUCCAGGUUCUGGAAGCCUCCACACCAAAACAGUCUACUUCCACCCCUCUACGGUCAAGGAAGAGUGUCGGUGGAAACACCUCGGUGGCCUCCCGCUGGUCUCUCCUGAAGUCCAUCAUCGACGACCAGGAGGAGGCUGAGGAGGAGGAGGAGGAGGAGGAGGAAGAAGAAGACAUGGAUGAGGAGGAGGAGGAGGAGGAGGCUGAGGAGGAGGAGGAGAAGAAGGAGGAAGACAUGGACAAGCAGGAGGAAGAGGAAGACAUGAUGGAGGAGGAGGAGGAGGAAGAAGACAUGGACGAGGAGGAGGACUCUGCUGAAUCUGCAGAUACCGUUGAUGAGUCAAAGGCAAACAGCCGAAACCUGGAGGACUCAACCGGACUGAAAUCCAACGGGAACAAAGACUUUGUGAAAAGCGAGCCGCCUCUCAGCUGUGAGGACGGGAGCUACGAUUGGCUGGUCGGCAGAGGGCGGGAGUGUUACAGCGGCGGGAAGCUGGACGACGCUCUGGGCUUCUUCCUGAAAGCCAUCGACAUCAAACCCGGAGAUCCUGAGAUUCAGUUCAUGACCAUCCAGAUAUACCGACAGCUGAGCCUCCCAAAGUAACCUGAGACCCUAACCCAACCCUAACUGUUCAUUUAAUAAUGUGUGAGUUCAUCUUCAUCUCACUGUCUCAACAUCUUUAAACAUUCUCACAAACACAUUAUGCUUUUAUAGU